AUGAAGUUUGACUUUCCUGAUGAGGACAUCAUGUCCAUUCGAGACUGGAGUAUCCUAAGCCCUGAUGAAGGACCUGAACCAGGAUCACGGUGGACGCUCAUGUUCGAUGACGCCUCUAAUGCAAAAGGUCAUGGAAUAGGAGAAAUCAUCACAUCUCUAACUGGUUUUCACAUUCCAUUCACCACUAGAUUAUACUUUGAAUGUACCAACAAUAUGGAAGAAUAUGAGGCAUGCAUCUACGAUAUCGAAGCAGCUAUUGACUUAAGAAUCAAGAUUCUUGAAGUGUAUGGAGAUUCUACUGUGAUCAUUCAAGUUCAAGGAGAUUGGGAAACUCGGAAUAAGAAGUUGAUUCCAUACCAAGAACACGUGGUGGAACUGAUUCCCCAUUUUGAUGAAAUCACUUUUCAUUAUAUCCCAAGGGAAGAGAAUCAGUUAGCCGGUGCUCUAGAUACUUUGACAUCCAUGUUUAAAGUCAAGUGGAAGAAUGGAGCACCUGCCAUCCAUAUUGAUCACUUGGGCGAACCAACGCACUGUCUAGCAAUGGAGGCCGAAUUUGACGAUAAGCCUUGGUUCUAUGACAUUAUGAGAUAUCCUGAAAGAUAA